CGAGAAAGUGAAGGAAACUGGCGCUUGGUGUCCUUCUUUACUGGUUUAAUUUGAUUGGGUGUGAAGGUCAGCGGAGUAAGCCACAUAAAAUAAAUAAAUAAAUAAAUAAAGUCUAUUUCAAAGAAUUAGUCCAACUCCAAGUCGUCGUCAGGUCUAAAAUAAGCUAAUUCAGGGAUUUCAUUUGUUGGCGCUUUCGUUAGUUUUGUUUUGCAUUAGAAAGUACAGCAAGUCUCCGCCGAUGUUUGUUCUGGGUGCUGUGCUUCAGUAAAUUGGGAGGGACUGCAUGCUAACAUUUGUUUUAGGCAUGGCUGCGUCGAAGCUUCAGCUUUGGUUUGAAAAAGCAAACGGAGCCACAUUUAGAAAUCUCAUGCUGGUUUGCUGAACUGCCGAUGAGCAGCACUGAUGUUAUUGGCAGUAGAAGGAGGAGGAUUCUUCUCUUCUUCAGCUUCAGGAUAUAGUAAGGGCCUGACCCUUCUUCUCUUGGGUCAGAGGAGUGAGGACAAACCCAUGAGAGUUUCGCCGUGGAGCCAGUACCAGUUGGUAGACCAAGAAUCAGACCCUGAGCUCCAGCUGGCUUCAACAAAGAACUGUCUUUCCCGCGGUUGCGCUUCCUUUGUUUGCUUUGGUCGCGCUUCCGCGGCGCUUGAAACGCCAUCUCCUCUUAAAGUGGGCCCUGCCCAACACCAUGAUGUCUCACCAGGGUCAUUGGUUUCGGACAAAGAUCAAUCUGCUCAUCUUGAUAAUAGCAAUGCUAUGAGAAAGAUAGCACUUAAAAGUAACCUAAAAAGGCCACAAGAUAAUAAGCCAGCUCCCAUUGAAGUUGCUAAUGAGCAUGGAACAUCAGGCGGUGAGGCGAGUGAUUUUUCUGUUCAAGUACAGCGAAGGAAGGUGCAGUGGACAGAUGCCUGUGGUAACGAGCUCAUUGAGAUACGAGAAUUUGAACCAAGUGAAGUGGAUGGAUCAGAUGAUGAAUUUGACAAUGGGAACGACAGAACUUGUUCGUGUGCGAUUAUGUAAAAUUGAAUUUCCACCAAAAGAUGAUUGGGACUUAUUUGGGAGGCGUCCAAGGAAUCAGUGCUACUUCAUGACAUCAUUUAGCUUGAGGAGAAUGGAGCAAUAAUUUUACAGUGCAGUGGAGACGGACAUGGGAUUGAAUUUAAAGUAAUAUCUGCCUAAGUGAUCAUCUGUGUCUACAAAUGCUUGCCGCGGCCUUCAAUUUUGUUCCUCUGCUUCUCAUCUCAAUCAGUUUACUGUAUAUUUCUUGUGUGAUUACUGAUUACAUUAUCUUUUGAUUCAUUACAUUUAUGCCAUUUUAUGUUCCCAAA